AUGCCUACUGCAACUUCACCUCUUCCUCAAGACUCACCUGAUCAGACCUACGUGACUGUGUCUCCCAUUGCUGGAGGCUUCAUCACUCUCUCAGACCACUUCUUUGUUUCGCCUGCCGAACCAGGCGCCAAACGCACAGUACCAUCCCUUACAUUUCUCAUAAGCCAUCCGAAUCCUCCAGGAACAUCAUGUCCACAACUUUCCCCCAACUCAACACAGAAUGACAAACCAAUUCACAUCAUGUUCGACCUCGGCCUCCGCAAAUCACCAACCCUCUAUCCACCGGCCCUUCAGACUCACAUCGAAGGCCGAAGACCUUACAAUCUCUCCCCCGGCGUGGCAGCUCAGCUCUCAUCCGGAGGUCUCGAUCCCUCCUCCAUCGAUCUCGUAAUCUUGAGCCACGUGCACUACGACCACCACGGCGACCCAGAAGACUUUCUCAAAGCGAAUUUUCUGAUCGGCCACGGCGCCAAAGAUGUCCUGGAAAACGGCCUCAAAGGAAUGGGAAGUCACCAACACUUCGAUGCAACUACAUUUCCUUCUGAACGAACGAUCGAAUUAUCGAACCCAGAAGGAUCAUCCGAAUGGAAACCUCUCGGGCCCUUCCCUUCAACUCUCGACUUAUUCUCCGAUGGCACAGUCUACCUAAUUUCAACCCCAGGCCACCUUCCGGGACAUCUCAACCUCCUUUGCCGCACCGGGCCAUCGAAGUGGAAACUGCUCUGCGGAGAUGCAUACCACGAUAGACGCCUAUUGACCGGAGAGAAAGAUAUCGGGACUUGGGAAUCUCCCGAAGGAUCAACACUGUGUAUUCAUGUAGAUAAGAAGCAAGCGGCGGAGAGUAUUAAACGACUACGAGAAUUUGAUGCGGCAACGGGUGAAGAAUGUGAAUUGAUUGCAGCGCAUGAGGAAGAUUGGUGGGAGAGGAAUAAGGGGAAGCAGUUUCCGGGGACGAUAUAA